AUGAAUCUCCUCUUUAGAUAGGUUGUCAAUCCAAGCAAUCAAAAAUAGUAGCCAUUGCUAUAAACUAUGUUACACAUAUUAAAGAAAUGGGUGGUGAUGAACCACUCAAAAAACCAGUCAUAUUCUAAAAACCAUUUACCUCCCUCUUUGUACCUUCCAGAUGGAAAUGGCAAUUGCCUAAGCAUAAUCAUGAAAUCGAAGCAUUCAUAUUUAUACUGUCCAGCUUGGAUUUAUGGUUGCCAAGAAUGGAAAGAAUAGCCAAAAGGAAAAAUGGCAGAAUAUAUAGGAGGCUAUUUCUUGGCAUUUGAUUUAACUGAAAUGAAAGCUCAUUUCAAAAAAUAAGGUUUUCCAUGGGAUUUGGCUAAGGGUUAAGACAAUUUUUAUCCCAAUUACAGAUUUAAUUGCAAAAAGUAAAAGUUAAGGAUCCAAAUAAUCUUUUAUUAUUGUAUUUGA